AUGUUGUGGUAUUUACCAUGGUCUGAAAGUAUUAAAAAAAGGGCUUGCAGAUAUCUUCUACAACGUUAUCUUGGAAAUUUCCUUGAAGAAAAACUUACUUUAGAUCAGCUGAGUGUUGAUCUAUACAAUGGAACAGGAACGGUGUGCGAUGUCAGCCUUGACUGCGAGGCACUCAAUGAACUUGGUGAUUCACAAAAUUGGCCAUUAGAAAUAGUAGAUGGACAUAUGCAAGAAAUAACUGUGACCAUCCCAUGGUCUACAUUAUUGAAAGAUGAUUCCAUUGUUGAAGUCAAUGGACUAUCAGUUACAGUACAACCUAAAGUUCGAGUGGAGCCAGUAUCAUCAAUGCUGGAGUCAAUGUGGUCAUCAAUGUCAUCAUCAAUGCAGCUUGCGGCUGAAUGUCUAAGAGAAGAAGCUGGUCCACAAGAAUCCAAUCCAGUAGAAGGAAUUGAAAUGUUUGCACAUGCCAUUGAUUCCGUUUUGAGCAGAGUGAAGGUGAAAUUUGUUAACACCAAAAUAAGAAUUGAGCAUGUACCCAAGAAUGGUGUCAGAGGAAUUGCUUUGGAAAUUCACAUUCAGAACAUUGACUACUUUGAUGAGGCUGGCGCAGAACCCGUUCCAGACUCAACUGACCCUGGCAAAUCUAAAACAUACAUAGUUGCAACAUACACCAACAAGAAAAUAAAAUUUGAUGGAGUCACACUCUACAUUGACGAGUUCCCGUCAAAGUUGCGGACGAUGGCGAGAAGUUUGACCAUGGAGAAAUCUGUCUCAUCGCAAGCUGAUAGAUCAGAGCACCCGGAAACGCCAGAUGCAAACUAUCAGAGCACCAUAUCAGACAUAUUUUACGAAACAAAAAGUGUCAUAUCAACAAUUGAAACUGACCCUGUCAAAGAAAUAAUCGGUGAAGAAACAUCUCGUGGAACUAGGGAAGCCACUCCGGAGGAGAGGUCAAGUCAACCGGAGCCAAUAGUUUUCGCCAAAUUAACAGGGCAACAGGAAUUGGCACUCAAAUUGAAAUACUCCGAAGAAGUGGAAGGGCCUAAGGUUGAAGUUAAUAUAUUGUUGGGAUCUUUAAUAUUGUUUUUAACGCCUAGGCAGUUGCAUACUUUAAUAGAAAUUGUGGAUGCUCUGAAUCAACCGGAUUUAGAAGAUACCAGUAAUUUACCUCUUCGUUCAAGUGGCAUAAAUAUGCAAUGCAAACCAAUGAAACAGGCGGAUUUUCAACUCAUAGAAGCGCAGCUGCAAGGAAACUUGGAACGGCAAGCUAGACCAACUCACAUGUAUGGAUGGUCAGGCCCAAGCUUUGAAGACAGCGACGCUGAGAGCGAAAAGUUUCAUCCGAUGACGUCACUCGGCAACCAAAUGACAGAGAGCUUCACGUCUUCCGUCAGCUCCAUGAGCGCCAGUAUGUCGUCCAGUGCCAACAUGUCAACUACGCAGCCCAGGAUUAAGAGGAACAAGAAAGCUCCACACAUCGAUGGAGAUCCGACCGCGGAAGUGUCGCACGUUAGUCUCAGAAUGGCGUCAUUCUCUUGCGUUCUACUGCACAAGGACAUACUGGUUCCGACACCGAUGGGUUCCGACUACGUUUCGCCCGCGUCAGCCGUCAAGAUGCAAGAGGCGUCUAGAGAGUUCUUCGACAGCGUGGAGACGUUCUGUCGCACCGACGAGAGGAGGGAAGCCCAUAGAGUCAAUGACGCGCUGGACAGGGCCACCAAAAGGAACCAUCUAAGGAUACUCACGACCGAGAUGAGCGUGGACGGGAGCGAGAAGGUGACGUCACACGGCAGCCAGACCGUAUGCGAGGCGGCAGUGAGGAACGCGCUGGUCCGCGAGUGCCUCUACUUCCAGGACGGCAGCGACCACUCCUCGCCGCGCCACUUCGACCUGAUCCAUUUCGAGAGCAAAGAGGAUUCAGACAUGGGUGCCAUCCCAACCCCGAAUAUUAGAAUAAAUUUCAAACAAACUUCAAAGUACAUGAGGGUGUCCGGUGAGAAGAAACUGGUCUCCCCUUCGACAGAUAUUGUCGUGAAAUGCACACCGUUCUACGUGGACGUCGAGCUGACCUUAAUGGAGCGGAUGUCUGCGACCUUCUUCCCCGCGAAGGUCACCAGCGUCACCCCUUCGGCCUCACCACAGAACCAGAUCAGCGCUGCGCUGCACUGUCCCCAACUGAAUGUUAUACUCAGAUUCCCAAUAGCAGACCUUCGGGCGGGCGUCAAUCGAGAGACGCGUCGAGUACGCCCCGACUACUUGCUGUUCCGUUUGCACGCGGCCACAGCGGGCUGGCAACAGCUCGCAAGUGUUCGACCGCAGCCAACGACGCUCACACUCAAGGCCACAACCCUGGACCUUUACUACUGCGAAAACGAGGACUUGCCUUCGACUCACGUGGCCCAAUCGACCAUGGACGCCGCUUCGUUCGAGGGCAACAUUCUGAGGGGAAACACAACAUCACCGCUACCUAUGAUAUCGAUAACCUUCCAGCCGCGGGACUCGAACAGGGGCCCAUUCGACUCCCUGCACGACGAGAUGCACUUCGAGCCAAAGGUCCUGAACCCCAUGACGACGUCAAUGUACAUAAUGAACAACCUGAAGAGCACUCUGCCCAGCCCCUUCAGCGGGAAGAAGACGGCGCACCAAAGCAUUACGAAGCAAGAGGAUAACCAACAAGGUCAAGAAGAGGACCUUAUAGUUCCCGGCACCGAAGAAGAGAUGACGGAGUUCACCACCAGUUCCGUGGAGAACUCGUCGAUACAUCUUGAUUUCAAUCUACCAAUUCUCAGCUUGCAGCUUGAGUCCAAACAACUAUACGAGAUCAUCUAUAAUCGAAUCAACUCGGACCUGUUGCUGUGGGAGCCGCAAAUUGUGGACCAGUUCGAGAUAAGUCCGCACAUGUGCGGCACAAUCUACCCCGCCUUUGGCAUGUGCAAAGGCGCAGGCUACGACUCCGACACCGAUAGCAGUUCUUCCGAAGAAGAAAACCUCUAUUAUUCUACGUACGACAACAAACUCAAGAAAGGCAUCGGCAACACUAGGCCUUUGCCCGAAAACAAAGAGAGUGAGAGCCAUAACUUCUGUCUCACUUUGAAAGUCGGUAAAGGAUUGCUGACUAUAUUUUCUCCAGUGAGGGAUAGCAAUAAACGUGUGGUGCCUGGCCAAAUGGGAGAGCUGGUCCUCGAAGCGUACAAACUGAGCAUGUGCCAAGUGAGCGGUCUGAACGGGCGCGCGAAGACCGCCCAACUGUGCCUCAGAUCUGGAAAAGUCACAUUAUACCAUGAACCUCUCCUCACCAUACCUUCGGAGAAGCCUCCGCUACGUCUCUACGGAACAAGUCUUCCGAUGCAUCUGAAGAGUACUAUCUAUCCUUCAAAUAAGGGUAUCAUCAUUAAAGAGAGACUACAAACUAAGGACAUGUUCUCGCUCGCUUUAAAAACCGAUCCCGACAGCGACACUCCAAAUUUAAAGACAAUCUGCAUAGCGCUGGGCAUAGAGCAGGCAACUUUGCGGCAUCGAGGGGACAAAGGCAUCGCUUGGCUGAGCCAGCUGAUGGAUGUAUUGGACGUCUUGGACUAUCCAGUGCCAGGCUACACACCGUCGAUCGUCCUGUCGGAGUUGCACGUGCACGUUUGGGACUGUGCUGUUGAUUACAGGCCCCUGUACCUGCCCAUCCGCACCGUGCUCACGUUGGGCAACUUCAGCGUGUCCAGCAACCUGAUACCGGAGACGAACACGUCGUGCCUGCGCUUCCUCGCCCAGGAGUGCACGCUCUUCCUGGGCCGCACGGCCGGCUCCGGCCCCGGCGUGGCCCACGACGACGAGAAGCCGCCCGAGGUGCAGCGGGACUACGUGUGCGUCGUGGACGUGGGGCUGUUCGAGCUGGCGCUGAGGACCGAGGAUAAGUCCGGCGGCGUAGAGCAGCCGCAGGUGGAGCUGACCGCGUGCAACAACCAGGUGAGCGUGCACACGUGCUGGGACUCCGCGUCGGCGCUGUGCCGGCUGCUCACGUACGCGGCGGCGGAUGGCGACUCGCUGCCGCCGCUGCAGCGCUCGCCGCGCCACAGCCUCUGCUCCGAGCGCCCGCUGGAGCAGCUAGUCGGAUUGGACGACCGGCCCAUUGAAGAGAUCAGAGAGCUGUCUCCGAGUGAAAUUCAACAGGUCAACGAUCUGAUGGCUGAAGCCAUGAAGGAGAGUCCAAACAAUACAAUAGACGAGGAUGAACUGAUCAGCUCGACGGAAAAGGAAGGAGUCGAGAUAUUCUUCUUCCCGGACGAGUCCAACAUGAAAGUCAGGCAGGGGUCUUCGGAGGGCCUGAGCGGAGAUCUCGAACCGAAACCCGUGGACUGCGAGGACCCAACUCCUGUGCCAGCGGAGGAGGUCCUAGAACCGAAGCCAGCGUCGGCGCAAUCCACCCAGGACAUCACGGACCCCCCCACGACACCGAGAAGCACGCCCCGGAAAUCCAAAAGGAAAAAGGCGAAGUCAGGGGGCGACGGUGGCAACACCGACGACGAGUACUGCAUAGUGGAGAGCGCCGCUUACGGCCAGGACAACGAAAUGGACGAGCCGGUGGUGAAGUGGAUCGGACCCGGUCCUGUGUACAUGGUGGACAACCACUUCACCGUCCCCGCCGCCAGGACGGACGUGCUCAAGGCGCCCAAGAGCUUCCCCAUGCCCGUUCUGAGGUAUACACUGUGCGAGAUGAGUCUCACUUGGAACAUGUACGGCGGCCACGACUUCAGCACCGCCGCCGACGCGUCCACUGCCAAGAAGACAGUCACCAUAGAAGGCGACAAGCGAAAGCAAGGCUCGCCCACAAUAUCCAAACGCAGCAAAGAGUACGAGCCGUACGACAGCGGGCGGUCGGCGGCGGAGGCGUACCGGCGCGGCGUGAGCUGGGCGGCGGGCGAGGAGCGCGUGCGCAGCGCGCCGGGGCCGGGCCACGCGCGCGAGCUGCGCUCCCGCGGCGGGCCGCGCCGCGACCACCACACCUGCGUCAAGCUCCGCCUCGCCAAGGUGAAAUUCCUGCACGAAGUGUACCCGGCUGGAGGCACUCAGGCAUCCCGUCAGACGCUCGCCAUCGCGAAGAUUGAGGUUCUGGACCGGCUGGUCUGCAGCGACAUAAACAAGCUCCUCAGCCAGUACAAGCUCAAGGACGAACCGGAGAGGAAGAACGCCCACAUGUUGGUGGUGAAAGCGGUGCAUUUGCGGCCCGACCCGUCGCUGAGCGCCCAGGAGUGCUGCCUCAAGGUGUCGCUGCUGCCCCUCAGGUUCAACCUGGACCAGGACACGCUCGCCUUCCUCGUCGGCUUCUUCUCCAAGCUUGGCUCCGACGAAUCUGCAGACGACGACGUGAAGAGUGUCAGCGGCCUGUCGACGGAUUCGAGCGGCUCCCGCCAGACCACGCCCACUCAUCGCCCUCCCGUCAUGAGCAUCGCCAGCCAUCUGCGCGAUCCCCCGCCAACGCCCACCUCCAUAGGAGACGCCGACUCGCUGUCCCUCAACGAAGCCGUAAUCCGCGACGACGAGCCCCUGAUGGAGACGUACGAAGCCGAACGCCUGGUUUCCGAGAACCUGAUCCAGCUCGAGGAGGACUUCCAGAAGCUCGGCAUCAAUCAGGAGAAGCCCACAGCCAAGAUUCCUGUGGAAACGGAGGCGGUCGAUGACUCGCCUAUCUAUUUCAGGCGCGUGGUAUUCUCGCCGGAGGUGCCCAUCCGGCUGGACUACGUGGGCAAACGCGUGGACCUCUCGGCUGGGCCCGUGGCUGGGCUGCUGAUGGGGCUCGGUCAGCUCAACUGCUCCGAGCUAACUCUCAAGAGGCUCGACUACAAAUUGGGCUUAUUGGGUUUGGAAAAGCUGGUGCAAUGGGCCCUGCACGAGUGGCUCUCCGACAUAAAGCGGCACCAGUUGCCAGGACUGCUCAGUGGCAUUGGGCCUAUGCAUUCUCUGCUGCAGCUCAUUACUGGGAUCCGCGACCUGGUGUGGCUGCCGGUGGAGCAGUGGCGUCGCGACGGCCGUCUGGUGCACGGGCUGCGUCGCGGCGCCGCCUCCUUCACCGCCAGGACUGCCGUAGCAGCCCUGGACAUCACCACGCGGCUGCUGCACCUCAUACAAGCGACCGCCGAGACGGCCCUGGACAUGCUGACACCGGGGCCUGCUUUGGCGUUGCCCGCGGCCUCCUCGCGCCGGGAGCGCCGCCGCAGGCGCGACUCCGCCCGCCACCCGGCCGACAUCCGCGAGGGUGUUGCCAGCGCCUACAACACCAUGCGAGAGGGUUUCGCGGAGACGGCGGCGUCCAUGUCGCUGGCGGCGCGCUCGUCGCGCGUGGGCGUGCUGCGGCAGCUGCCGGGCGCGGCGGUGGCGCCCCUGGCGCUCGCGGCCGCCGGCGCGGCGGACGUGCUCGGCGGCGUGCGGGCCGCGCUCGCGCCGCACCUGCACCGCGACCACGCCGACAAGUGGCGGCGCCCCGAUACCGCAACAGCCGAG